AGAGGAGAACUACACCCAUGUAAUGAAGGAAAGAAACAGGACAAUUUUGCCAAAAAUCGGUACACCACGAUUUUCCCGUAUGAUCAUUCACGUGUUGUUCUGAAAACAUCCCCAAAAGAGUCAGACUACAUUAACGCGAAUUAUAUUGAGGAUGUGCAAGGAAAGAAAUCGUACAUUGCAACGCAAGGACCAAAAUCAAAGACAAUUGUUGAUUUCUGGAAAAUGGUCUGGCAAGAAGACAUUAGUGUAAUUGUUUGUCUGACUAAUCUCAAAGAGGGAAAUAAGAACAAAUGUGCCCAAUACUGGCCAAAUUCCAGUGACAAGAUAAAGAAAGGCAACAUCAGCAUACGAAACCAGAAAGAAAACGUAUACGCGGACUACGUCAUCAGAUACUUCCGCUUGCAAAACAGCGCCGAUAAAGCUGAGCGUGACGUGUGUAUGUUCCACUAUACGCAGUGGCCUGACCACGGUGUCCCAGAACCGCUGGCUCUUGUGGUAUUCCAUCGACACGUUCUGAAAACUUCUGUCGAACAUCCAGGGAAGUACACUCUUGUUCACUGCAGCGCAGGGAUUGGUAGGACAGGGACGUACAUAGCAUUGGACGCGCUUAAUAAGGGAGGGGAGAUAACCGGGAAAGUUAAUAUCCGGCAGUAUGUAGAAACCAUAAGAAACAGCCGUGCUAACAUGAUCCAGGGUGACGAUCAAUACAAAGUUGUCUACUUGGCAUUACUUGAAUCAUUCCGAGGAAAAGGAAGGUCUGUAUCAACCAGGACAUUUCUACGAGAAUUCCAGGAUCAUUCCUGUUAUAUCAAUCUCGGAGAAAUAGCCAAUAAAUCACCACUUUCUGCUGAAUUUCAGGACCUGUUGUCCGGAAGACGAGAAUACACACAAGAGGACUACAAAACAGGGCGGCAAAACGUAUCGACCAAUUACACACCCAGUGUUCUGCCUGUUGAAAGUUACAUGUGUCCAUUGUCAAACACUAAAGGGAAGAACACCUACUACAACGCAGUUUCUUUACAGUCUUUUGCAAGAAAUGACCAUUUCAUCAGUGCUCAAUAUCCUCUCCCAGAUUACACAGAGGACUUCCUGAGACUUGUGAAGGCUUAUUAUGCACCUACAAUUUCUUCACUUUGGCUUCCUGCUAAAAAUGAAAGCAAAACGGUUGGAACAUUCACGACUAAAAUGACAGAUUGUACACAAACGACAACAGUCACCAAGACUAGCAUUACUCUGCACCAAAAGAGAGCUAGUGGCAUGAGCGUUUGCAUACUGGAAAGUAGAAGAUGGAAAGGAGAAAGCGACUCCUCAAACCGGAGAGUUUUACUUGAUCUCAUCAACGAAGCGAGGGUGGAGGAAAGGACCCACCCCGAGGGAAGGAUUCUGGUUCUGUCGAGUGAUGUGGCCAAGCGAUGUGGACAAUUCUUGGUUGUAUUCAAUGCUCUGGAACAACUUACCAUGGAUACACAGGUGGACAUAUUUACAAUCACAAGACAACUCCAAAUCCGACGGCCAGAGUUCAUAUCUUCUUUGGAAGAAUAUCAGUUUUGUUACGAGGUCAUUGCUGAUCAUCUCCAAAGUGACACAGUGUACGCGAAUUGCUGA